AUCAUCAGGACCAGGUACCAAGAAAUAACGCAUUUUUCUUCAUCGGAUCGCGAUCCGUACGGCGCAGACGAGUUAGAACCAACAUAAUAAGUUAACCCGACCCCUGGCGAACACGCGACUCCUGCAAGUCAAUGAUAUGUCUCCGAAGAGCUGAAAGUCGUUGGCUUUGUCCUUCUCCAACUCGUUCUAGAAAAGGCUGCGAUUUACUAUUCGGAGCUUCCAGUUCGGUCGGUCGCAUCCAUGUGCAUUACUGAUGCUCAUUUCGAAGAUGCCGACACUUUUUCGCGUAUACGAACGAGGCUCACUGAACAGCCUUGGGAAUCGGGCGAGUGAGUGAAUUAUGACACUGCGCUAUCGUGGAUGGAUUGAAGCGGCGUGGAUGCAUCCUGCCUUUUUCAGUAAAUGUUAUUCCUCUUUCCAUUGUAUCAUAUCCGAAAAGCUUCUUACCAUGGCACCUCUCGCGACAAACCGAGUAUUGGACGAAACUAGCUCUAUAGGGUCGUCUACAGAAGCAAUACUCACCUCGUUAUUGCAAUCCACUCCUUACGAUAUAUCCCAUACCUUCGAAGUAGCGAGACCAGAAUCGUCCGCCUCUAACGAACCCCGCUCCGACUCCGAUUCCCAUCGCAACGGUGACGGGGGCGCGAUUGUGGGCAUUGUGUUGGGUGUUUUGGUUGGCCUCUUCGCAAUAUGGCGAUUAAUCUUCCUCUACCGUCGCUUCGGAGGAUUUAAUCCCUUUCGACGAGCCGUCCAGCAGAAUGAGCCGUCAACAGAGACACCGCAGAAUCGAGAUUCAAGGUCGAGGAUGGCCAGAUGGUUUGGGCGUAGACAUGAUGGUCCGGACGAGCAUGAGGUACGGGAUUUGGGGCACUCGGAUCGCAAUGCGGCAUUGUGACCCGUUCAACUCUUGGUUCAAAUCUAAAGAGAGAAGCAAUGGGAUUUUCUCAUGAUUUAAAUCAAGUAAUUGGUGUAUUAGCUUCACAAUAUUCGAAACUGAUUAACGGUCAUUAUUUCAAGAGUUGGUUGUAUUUGAUUAGGGUAGGAAUAUUUCAUCUUAGCGAUGGCUCCAGCUGAAAAAGCAAUGAUUUGGUGGCGUUUUUGCGUGCUAGGUACUCUUCCGAUAA